UCUCUCUCCUCCCUUCUCUCUCUUUCUCGCUCUCUCUCCUCUCUCAAUCUCCAUACACUGUGCUUGCUAUGGCGGAGUAGGGUUUAUUGCCGCGGCAGGGGGAGGGGAGAGGCAAUAAUCCGGCGCUGCUAGGCGCUGGCGCGAGAACUCAGCUGCGGCGAGCAGGGAUUCCAUCGACAGGUAUGGAUUCGGUCGAUGCAUUCCAUCGCUCGCGAGGAGCAGGAGGAGGUUCUUGGAUAUGAAAUCGCUGCCGCGGGGGCGGAUUUGGAGGAGUCGGUCGAUGAUCUCACAUAUUUCGGCUGGAUCGGGGAUUGCAACGCGCUUGGCUCCAGGAGCUUAGGGUUUGAGAAGGGGAAGUGAUCUGACACACUGGUACUAAAGCUCCAGCUGUGAUAUUUGUCUCAUUCUCGAUGAGGCUACCACAGACAAGCUGGUUGCAUUGGCUGGGAGAAGCAUUGCGGCCGGAUCUCUAGCUCACGGGGGAUAAGCCGGCAAUGGGGCACCCGGAUCGAUCAGGGAUUGGUAGUAACAGUGGGGCGUUGUAGCUGGCGAGCAAGGAAUCUGGGUGUUUUGGAGGGAUUCUAGUGAUGGGCUGCUGUUUCUCCAGAGUAUCCAAGGAAGGGUCUCCAGCCGAAGAAGCUCCUCAACCGGAAACUCCUGGGCUAGAGAAUGGUCGACAGCCUGAUGUGGAUGCGGUGCCACAGUUCAGGGAAUUUUCUUUCGAGCAGCUUAGGGAGGCGACUAAUGGGUUUAGUGCGGACUACAUAGUGUCUGAAAGCGGCGAUAAGGCUCCUAAUCAUGUGUACAAAGGCAGGCUAGAUCAGAAUCGAUGGAUUGCCGUGAAGAAGUUCCCGAAAACUGCGUGGCCCGACGCGAGACAAUUCAUGGACGAGGCGUUUGGGGUCGGGCAAGUGCGGCACGAGAGAUUGGUUAACUUGAUUGGAUGCUGCUGCGAAGGUGAUGAGAGGUUGCUAGUCGCCGAGUACAUGCCGAACGACACAUUGACAAAGCACCUUUUCCACUGGGAAAAGCAACCUAUGCAAUGGAGCAUGCGCCUGAGAGUGGCUCUCUACAUUGCACAGGCACUGGAGCAUUGCAGCAAUAAUAACCGUCGUUUAUAUCACGACUUGAAUGCGUACAGGGUCUUGUUUGAUCAGGACGGUGAUCCGCGCCUCUCUUGUUUCGGUCUGAUGAAGAACAGCCGAGACGGCAAGAGCUAUAGCACGAACUUGGCAUAUACACCUCCUGAAUACUUGCGAACAGGUAGAGUAACACCCGAGAGUGUUAUUUAUAGUUAUGGUACUGUUCUCUUGGAUCUUCUUAGCGGGAAGCACAUUCCUCCAAGCCACGCUUUAGAUUUGAUACGUGGGAAGAACAUUUUGAUGCUUAUGGACUCAUACCUGGAAGGCCAGUUUUCCAACGACGAUGGAACCGAGCUCGUGCGGUUAGCGUCACGAUGCUUGCAGUACGAACCUCGUGAAAGACCGACAGCUAAAAUGCUAGUUCAAGCUCUUCUGCCUCUUCAAAAGCAGGCAGACGUCCCCUCGUAUGUUUUGAUGGGAAUCCCUCGGGGAGAAACGCUGCCCCCGCUUGCUCUCUCCCCUCUCGGCGAGGCAUGCUCGAGAAACGACCUUACAGCAGUUCACGAGAUUCUCGUCAAGACUGGGUACAAGGACGACGAGGGUACCGACAAUGAACUCUCUUUCCAAGUGUGGACCAAGCAAAUGCAAGACGUGCUGAAUUCACGAAAGCGAGGCGAUGCCUCUUUCCGGGACAAGGAUUUCAAGUCUGCCAUCGAUUGCUACACACAGUUUGUGGACGUUGGCACCAUGGUAUCACCGACAGUGUUUGCACGGAGAAGCCUGGCGUAUCUCCUGAGCGAGCUACCUGAGGCAGCGCUCCGAGACGCAAUGCAAGCCCAGUACGUACACCCCGAGUGGCCCACUGCCUUCUACUUGCAAGCCGCGGCUCUGGCAAAGCUUGGCAUGGAGACCGACGCAAAGGACAUGCUCAAAGAGGGCGCUGCCAUGGACAUGAAGAGGCAAAACUUAUCGUAGCAGCAGCAGCAGCAGUGCGCAGCAGUACUUAGCAGCAGAGAUUGAAGUGAAGUGACGACGAUGGUUUGAGCGAUUCGAUAAAGCAAGGACAGCAGCAACAGCAGCAAAAAAGAAAAAAAAAGAUCUUUUGGUAUCUGGAAGAGCCAGUGAUGGUGGUGGUGAUGGUGGUCGUGAUCUUAUAGAGAGCAUCGGAUUUUACGGACGAACAAAGGAAAAAGCUUACAACAGGGUAUCGCUGGAGAAGAAAUUUUAAUGUAGGUGUUCCAAGGUCUCUCUUUUUUCUCUCUCCCAGGAAUAUGGAAUAGCAAUCCUUUCUUGAUGGCCGUU